CACUCACCUGAUCGAACUCAGAAGUUGUCCAGUCGCCGUCCAACGAAGAAGAUCGAUCGGAGUGCGCGAGAAUAGAUCUGAAAUCUGAAGAUCUGAAUCCAAGUUGGAGCUCAAAUAUUAAAUAUUAGAAGAACUGGUUAAAAACGCGAAAUAUAAACAGAUCAACUCUUAACUCCCAGCGAGUUGAAUAAAAUGUGGAAGCUUCUUUUGAUCUGUGUGGUGAUGAGUGCUCUGAAUGGCGAAUCAUCUGGGGCGAACCGUCCGUCCCGUAGACGUCGUGCUUACGCCGGAGGAUAUGCAGGUGGCUUUGCUAGCAGCGGCGGUGGAACCGGAGGAUACACUGGAACUUACAACAGCGGUGGUGGUGGCGGUGUCCACACCAGCUUCGUGGGAAACGGCGGCGGCGGCGGUGGAUACUACGAUUACGAUGACUUCGAUGGCUCGUCGCCCAACUUUGGCAUCAUCGAUCCCUAUCUCUUCCACCAGCAGCUGACCAACCACAUCCUGGCCCAGAACUACGCCAACCAACAAGCUAUAACUGGUCUGGCCACGGCUGGCAAUGCUUAUGCAUCUGCGGAUGCUUCACUGGUUGAUGACAAUGAUCUUCGCAUCCAGCAGCAAAUCGCCGCUCAACAGGCCUACCAUGAUAAUCUAAUACGCCAGACAAGCUACAGAGGUGGCUCAGGAUAUGCUUCUGGAUCGGCUUCGGGAUCGGCUUCGGGAUCUGGUGGAUCUUAUAACUCGCACCGCUAUGCUCCCAGCUAUGCUGCUGCCUCGGGCUCCAUCGGACCUAAUGGAUACAGGCAGACGGCUUACAUCAAUCCUGCAAACCCGGCCUCUCCCAAUAUUGUGAACCGCUUUGGUGGCGGCAGCGGUGGUGGCUCUUCGUACUCCAGCUCCAGCAGCUCCAGUGGCGGUGGAGGAGGCGGUGGUUACAAGGGCGUCUCGGUGUCAUCCUUCAGCCAGAGCAAUGGAGAUGGAACCAGCCGUCGCGGAGCCCAGACCACCGUGAAUGACAAUGGAAAGAUUACCUCCUAUUCGGUCCACUCUUAGGGGAGAUCGUCGACCGGAGGCCCUUUCUCCAACCACAUUGGGGGGCUUGGCUAUUAUUCAAUACAAAAGCUAAUCGAUUCCAAUUAAUUUUUAUGAAAAUAUA